AUGCCGCCUCUUCCCUCGCCUCCUGCUACCACUUCGAUCCGCUCGCCUGCGAGCACGAGAGCUACUCAUGGACAACGUGGGAGCGUGCCGGUCGCGCAGUCGCGUACUUCCACCCCCAAACACACGACCAAUACCGCUGGAUCGGGAGGCAUAAGGAGCGCCAAGGUUCGCGGCAGUUCAGACAAGGAGAAUGGCAGUGAUGCUGGCCAUGUCAGACCCGCGAGGAGACGCUCUAGUGUCCUGGCGAUGCGGGAGAAGCUGCCUAGCAAGGAUGGAACUGCACAGAGACAUGCUAAGGAGGUGGAAGGGCUGAAAGACUAUCAAUUAGGCCAAUGCCUGGGACGGGGUGCUUUUGGCAGCGUGUACGCCGCUCUGAACUGGUCUACCGGAGAAACAGUCGCCAUCAAGCAGAUUCGCCUAUCUGACAUGCCAAAGACCGAGCUCAACGUCAUCAUGCAAGAGAUCGACCUGCUGAAGAAUCUUCAUCACCCGAACAUCGUCAAGUACCAUGGAUUCGUCAAGUCUGCGGACUCGUUGUACAUCAUCCUAGAGUACUGCGAGCAAGGGAGUUUACACAGCAUAUGCAAGAACUUCGGAAAGUUUCCGGAGAAUCUGGUCGCGCUCUACACAGCACAAACUUUGCAAGGACUUCUCUUCUUGCACGAACAAGGUGUCAUACAUCGUGACAUAAAAGGUGCCAACAUCCUCACCACCAAGGACGGAUUGAUCAAGCUCGCGGACUUUGGUGUGGCAACAAAGGCACAAGGUAUUACGGAAGGUAGCGUAGUUGGUACACCGUAUUGGAUGGCGCCUGAAGUCAUCGAGCUUGCUGGCGCGACUACGGCAAGCGACAUCUGGAGCUUGGGUUGUACUGUGAUAGAACUUCUUGACGGCAGACCGCCAUACCACCAAUUCGCACCCAUGCCAGCACUUUUCCGCAUCGUCAACGAUGAUCAUCCACCAUUGCCUGAAGGAGCGAGCCCGUUGGUACGAGACUUCUUAAUGCAAUGCUUUCAGAAGGAUCCCAACCUCAGAGUUUCAGCGAAGAAAUUGCUCAAGCAUCCUUGGAUUGUCUCAGCGAAACGAGGCAACACCAGCAAGCCGACUGAGUACGACGAGGCCAUCAAGAGUGUCCAAGAGUGGAACGAGGCUCUGAAAGCAAGCCCACCUCCUGCAGACAAAGCUAAUGGCAGGCGAAGGCCUUCGACGAAACUGGGCUCCAGGCCUGUGUCCAGAAGCUCGGCGUUAGGUGCAACGACUGCAUCGAAGGCGAAGGCUGAUCAGACAUCAAAGCCGGCGUUCAAAUUGAACACUCGAAAGUCCCAAACCGCAGAAGCUUUUCAGUCUCCGAUCAACGAUGAGGGCAGGGAUAACUGGGAUCAAGACUUUGAGUCCCUCAGGAUGGGCUUGAGCGGAUUGCACAUACCAGAUCGUCUCAAACAGCAGAACGGUCUGGAUGGUCUAUUCAGCGCCCAAAAGCUGAAACAAUAUGCCAACUUUGACGUCAUACCGGAGAUGGACGGCAAAGUCGAAGAGUGGGACGAAGAGUUUGAAGGCGACCUUACUGUACGAUCACCAAUGCAUCUCGCACAAGGUGAUGCUCUGGAGACGGUCCGUCCUUUCUACCCCCCUCGGACAAGUAACGACGACAUCAAACACAAGCCACCUCAAGCUUCGAGCCAUUCCAAAAGGUCCGGAUCGACUGAUCAACAUUCUCGGAAGGCAAGCAAAGACUCUCAACCACGAACACAGAUACUCAAGCCAGUCCACAAGCAGAGUGCCAUACCGAAACGAAAGCCAACGCCUCCACAUCCACUCAAAAAGGCGCCGUCCACGUCUUCGAACAAGGAGAGGUUCCGUGAAGAAGACGAAGAAGAUUAUUCUGACCUUGUUGCCGAAGAUGAAGAUGCAUUCCUUAAGAAGCUUGCUGGCUUCUCCCCGAAUAGGCCUGUCAACCCGAAGGACCUGUUUGGGCUGCAGACGAAGCUUGGUGGUAGCAUGCGGCGGCGCAGAACGCACACUCCCACACAGCUCGUUCACGACGCAGCGGCAAUGAAGCGGACUAGAAGCUCACUCGAGAUACAGAAGUAUGCCGAAGACGACAACGAUGAAGACUUCACGGAGCUCGUGUUCGACGAAGAGCCAAUUCAAGUCCAAACCGGCACGACCAAGAGCCGUUCGCCGAAGUCAGCAAUAUCUGGUGGUAGCGAGACUGCUUCGGAGCGAGGUACAUUGAAGCUCACUAGCUUCAUGUCCUGGGGUGACGAAGAAGAUGAAGAUGACGAUCCGUUUGCUGCGCUUGAAGAGGAGCUUGAUGAGGUUGAUCUCGAGUCCAACGUUGCCAGAGACAAGCAUGCAAGGUUGUGCUCCGUGGUCGAAGGUCUCGUGUCGGACAUGAAGCUAGGGCAACCGGAAGAAGUGCUGGCAGAAAUCAUCGACCAUCUACUGCAGAUUCUAUGGGAGUCGCCCGAUGUCAAGUCGGUCAUUGUGAGCAGUCACGGUAUGCUUCCAAUACUGGAAAUUCUGGAGACUUCGACACGACCACACAUCAUCCUUCGCCUUCUCAAGAUUGUCAACUGCAUACUCAGCGACAACAUUGAGGUGCAGGAGAAUCUAUGCUUCGUCGGUGGCAUCCCAAUCAUUACGAGAUUCGCGCACAAGAAGUACAGCUCCGAGAUAAGACUUGAAGCAGCGGCUUUUGUGCGCACCAUGUAUCAGACACCAACAUUGACACUGCAAAUGUUCGUCAGCUGUGGCGGGCUGAAUGUUCUGGUUGAAUUUCUGGAAGAAGACUACGAUGUCGAGGCAGGCCGAGAGCUCGUUCUGGUUGGCGUCAACGGUAUCUGGAGUGUCUUCGAGAUGCAAGGACCGACUCCCAAGAAUGACUUUUGCAGGAUAUUCUCCCGCAGCUCAGUCCUUUACCCGCUGUCGCUUGUGCUCAAUCGUGUUCUGGACGAGGAUGGAGAGCUUGCAGAAGUCAUCGAAGGCCGCAUUGUCAACAUCUUUCUGCUAUUCUCGCAGGCAGAGAAUCAUGUCAAGGAGACUGUCGCUGAUCGCAUGGUCUUGAAGACAGUGCUCAAAGAUCUGCAGCGGAUGCACCCUCAGCAUCAGAUUACGAUGCUGAAGUUUAUCAAGAACCUGAGUAUGCUGGCUACAACACUGGAUGCACUACAAAACAGCAAUGCGAUCGAAGUGCUCACGGAUCUGCUGAAGACAAGCAUGAAGAUGCCUCAUUUCCGAGAGAUCUCGAACCAGGUGCUCAACACCAUGUACAACCUCUGCCGUCUGUCCAAGGCACGACAAGAAGAUGCAGCACUUUCUGGGGUUGUGCCACUGCUACAGCGCAUCGUGCAGACCGAACGGCCACUCAAAGAGUUCGCACUUCCAAUUCUGUGCGACAUGGCUCAUUCCGGCAAGGUUGGACGCAAGAUCUUGUGGCAGAACAAGGGCCUGCAUUUCUAUGUCGGCUUGCUUGCUGAUCAAUACUGGGCCGUCACAGCACUAGACGCCAUCUUCAUCUGGCUGCAAGAGGAGACUGCCAAGGUGGAAGAACACUUGCUCUCGCCGUCCUCCAAUUUCGCCAGCUCUAUCGCGCAAUGUUUCAAUGAAAGCAAAGCGGAUGCGUUCGAAAACUUGCUUGAGCCACUGCAGAAGCUCCUCAGACUAAGUCCUGCUGUUGCGGCCACUUUAGCACAACGUAGUCUCUUCGAAAGAGCGGCGGUCAAGGUGCACUCCAAGAAAGCGCUUGUCCGACUCAAUCUCCUGCGUGUCAUCAGAUCCAUUUGCGACGCUUGUGAAGAACAGGGCUCGCUUCUGCGACAGUAUGGGCUGCUCGAGCCAGUCCGAGAACUCGAGAAACACGAUCCUGCUAUCUUGGUGCGCAAUCUGGCUGAGGAGCUUGUCAGGCACAGCGAGCAUGCGACCGCGAUUGUGGCAUCCGGUGCUCGAGGCAGUUCUGCUGGCAGGCCAAUGAACCGAAGAAGCUCGAGCAGCACUAUGAUGUCGCCAUCACCACUUUUGACGCAAUCUGCUAGCAGCACCCCAAUCACGAGUAACAUGGGGCUGGAGCGGGUAAGGAGCAGAGGCUACUUUGAUCUCGCCCUCGUGUCCGGCAGUGGAGCUGGUCUCUCAUCGGCAUCACGAGGGUCAUCAUCCCUAAUGAAUUCUCCCUACCGUCCAGCGAGCCGUGACGGCGGUUCUGGCUCGUCUUCAGCAGGUGGCUGGAGUCAUCACCGCCCGUCAGCAUCGAUGGAGAAUAUCAAUGGCAUAGCUGCAUCGAGAAGCUCUAGCAGAGUGCCUCCUCAGGGCAUACAGAGACCUAGCAGUCGCAUGAGUCUGGCUCCUGCGCUUCAAGAAGAGACACGACCCAGUUCUUCCAGACGUGGCUCAGUCCAGCCCGCGGACAGCGACCAAAUCACACCCACACACAUGCCACCGCCUCGAGGCGGUGCUCUAGCUGUGAAGGAAAGAAAGCGAAGGCAAGGCAGCAGUGUUGAUCUUGGCGGGCGAUAG